UCUCUGUGUUGGUGGUGAGGUUUGGGGUAACAUGCCGCGGAGAUCGGUCUCUCGUAGCUCACGGAGCAGGAAGCCGAGCAAGAAGGCAGAGGACUCGGGCAUGGCGGUGGGGGGAGGAGCCGGAUCAAGGACGGGAGCGGGAGGGGGGUGGUGGACAUGGAGAUCGAAGAGAAGGGCGGAGGGAGCGGAGGAGGUGGCGAUAGCGGGACAAAGAGCAAGGCCAAGAGGACGGACAAGGGCGGGCCAAGAAGAGCGGGAACAAGAAGGGUGGGAACUCCAAGGCGCAGGGAAGUAGCGAUGCGGGCAAGAAGAAGAAGAAGGCCAAGGCCAAGAAGAAGCCCAAGUCAACGGUGGUGGCGCCGACGUUUACCUGUGACAGCUGCAAGCGAGACAUCACGCGCAACGUGCGGAUUCUCUGCUGCGAGUGCAAGGACUUUGACCUCUGCCUCGAAUGCUUUUCGGUCCGGGUGGAGAUCAACUCGCAGAUGGCCGAGCACAAGGCGACGCACUCGUAUCAUGUGGUGGACAAGCUCAACUUUGAGCUGGUGGAGGAGGGCUGGACUGCGUGGGAGGAGAUGCUUCUGCUAGAGGCCAUCGAGACCUUUGGCUACGGCAACUGGUACCACGCCGCCGACCACAUCGGGACCAAGGACCACAUCGAGGUCCAAGCCCACUUUGAGGAGAUGUACCUCAAGCAGCCGGGCAUGGUGCCCAAGGUCGGGAACGUGGCGCCGGCCGGCACCUCGCUGCAGCUCUUUCUCGAGUCCAAGGCCGACGGCGCGGCGCCGCACCUCGAGUCACGGCUCGGGCCGAGCUCGUCGCUGGCCGAGGCCGGAGGCGGCGAGUCAGCGAGCGACGGCGAGGACGACGCGGGUGGCGACGACGGCGUCGACGACGCGGGCAGCAGCUCCAAGCGCAAGUCCAAGACCGAGUCGACCAAGCGGCCGCGUGGGCAGAAGAGCUCGACGGUGGCGACGCCGGCCGAGCUCGCCGGCUACUACAAGCUCCGCGGCGACUUUGAGACCGAGUGGGACAACGACGCCGAGCAGCUGCUGCAGGCCAUUGUCAUCAACGAUGAGACGCCCAAGCUCGAGAAGGAGCUCUACCUUGCCAUGCUCCAGAUCUACAACUCCAAGCUCGAGGAGCGAGCGGCGCGCAAGCAGUUUGUCUUUGAGCACGAGCUCACCGACUUUAAGCAGGUGCAAAAGGCGGAGCGCCAGCGGCAGAAGAGCGGUGAGAAGGAGGUGUACGACAAGCUCUGUGUAUUCCGGCGGUAUAUGACGCAGGCCGAAUACGACCAGCUCUAUCAGGCGCUCCUCAAGGAAAAGGCCAUCAAGGACCGCAUCCGCGAGCUGCAGCUCUUCCGCGAGGCCGGCAUCACCUCGCUCUCGGAAGGCGCGUCCUACCUCGAGAUGAAGUCGCGCCGCGACUCGCAGAGCCGCCAGUCGGCCGCCCGCCGGCCGCCUACCUCGGCCAAGGGCCCGGGCGUCGCCGCCUUUGCCUUUACUCCGGUUCUCUCGGCAUCAGCCGCGCUGGCAGCCUCGGCCGGUGCCGCGCCCGCUCCGCCGCCGCACAUCCUCGCCGACGCCAGUGGGCCGGUCGCCAUGGACGUCGAGCUCGGCUCGGAGCCGCCGCUCAACGUCUACCACUACCCUAAUGUGUACAAGCUCUCGCUCGCCGAGCGCGACCUCGCCGCCGCCAUUCGCCUCGAGCCCGUCCUCUUCCUCCAUGCCAAGAUGCGCCUCAUGGAAGAGGCCGCCGUCCGCGGCGGGCUCAGCCAAAGCGAGUCCAUCCGCGUCCUCGACGGCCUCCAGCACUCACAAGCCCGCGCCCUCUACACCUUUGCCGCCACCUCGGGCUGGCUGGACGCCGCAAGGGCUGCCCGCCCGCCGAUGCAAUGA